AUGAGGCCCAUUAUUGUCUGUUCACAAUUCUCAAGAGGGGUGUACGCCAUAUUUGGAUUCUACGAUAAGAAGUCGGUGAACACCAUUACGUCGUUCUGCGGGACUUUGCACGUGUCCUUCAUAACGCCCAGUUUCCCGCUGGACGGGACGCAGCAGUUUAUAAUCCAGAUGAGGCCCGACAUCAAGGGCCCGUUGCUCAGCCUCAUAGAGUAUUACAAGUGGGACAAAUUUGCCUAUCUCUACGACAGUGAUCGAGGCCUGACCACGCUGCAGGUGGUCCUGGACACAGCGGCCGAGAGGAAGUGGCAGGUGACGGCCAUAAACGUGGGGAACCUAAAAGACGAGAGGAAGGACGAAGCAUAUCGGUCACUGUUUCAGGACCUGGAGCAGAAGAAGGAGCGGAGGGUCAUCCUGGACUGUGAGCAGGACAAGGUCAAAGAUAUCAUGGACCAGGUCAUCACCAUUGGCAGACAUGUCAAAGGAUACCACUACAUCAUCGCUAACCUGGGUUUUGUGGACGGGGACCUGUCCAAGAUCCAGUAUGGUGGCGCAAACGUGUCGGGAUUCCAGAUUGUGGACUUUGAUGAUCCUUUGGUGUCCAAGUUUGACCAGAGGUGGGAGGCUCUGGAGGAGAAGGAAUACCCAGGAGCAGACAGCCGGAUCCGGGGCGUUUCUCCCUUCUCCUCUGCCUAUCACUUAGGCAGGGGGCGUGUCCAGCCUGCAGGAAUCUACCCUGGCAGAGGAAGGAUCCUCACCACCCACGUGCUAAGCCAACCGGGACAGCACGUGGAGAGCUAUGUCCUGGGCGUCUAG